UUCUUGAAGACUCGUUCUGUCAAAUUCACGUAAACAUUUAGCUAUUUUAUUCGAAACGUAGCAAAUGAAAAUGUAAUUCACUGGGAAAAACUAUGGCCCAAGGAGUUUUAAGUUCAGAUAUUUCGAGGAGAAAUCCUCAAGACGAGUACGAACUAAUUCAACGGAUAGGGAGUGGAACUUAUGGUGAUGUCUACAAAGCGAAACGACUUUCAACCAACGAUUUGGCCGCGAUUAAAGUGAUUAAACUAGAGCCAGGCGAUGAUUUCGGGAUUAUCCAACAGGAGAUUCUCAUGAUGAGAGACUGUCGUCACCCUAACAUUAUAGCAUACUAUGGUAGUUACUUACGUAGGGACAAAUUGUGGAUUUGCAUGGAGUAUUGUGGCGGUGGCUCUUUACAGGACAUUUACCAUAUCACCGGUCCCUUGGCUGAACAACAAAUCGCAUACAUGUGUCGAGAGACUCUCCUAGGCCUCUCAUACUUGCACAUGAUGGGCAAAAUGCACCGAGACAUUAAGGGGGCCAAUAUUUUGCUUACGGAGUCAGGUGACGUGAAAUUGGCCGAUUUUGGUGUCUCUGCACAAAUCACAGCCACAAUUAACAAACGCAAAUCAUUCAUUGGGACUCCAUAUUGGAUGGCACCUGAAGUGGCAGCAGUGGAACGUAAAGGAGGCUACAACCAAUUGUGUGACAUUUGGGCAAUUGGUAUCACUGCAAUCGAAUUGGCCGAAUUGCAACCACCUAUGUUUGAUUUACACCCAAUGAGGGCCCUUUUUCUCAUGUCAAAGAGUGGGUUUAAGCCACCCACACUUAAAGAUAAGGAAAAAUGGAGCCCAACAUUUCACAAUUUUGUUAAAGUCGCUUUAACAAAAAAUCCCAAGAAAAGACCAACGGCUGAGAAAUUGCUUCAGCACGCUUUUUUCCAAGGUGAUAUGAGUAAAAGACUGGCUAUAGAAUUGUUACAAAAAGUUAAUAAUCCCUCACACAUGUUUACCGAAGAGCCCGACGAUGAAGGGGCGAUCCCGAAUGUUCCUCAACGCAUUGCUUCUCGGCUCACGUCACGUCCAAAACCACAAAGUGCAAUAAAUAUAUCUGGCGAGAUUGAGAACAUUGACGAGUCAAACAAUACUCUUCAAGGGACGGGGGCGACUAAUGCAUUACCACGCGAUAAGCAAUCCUGGGACGUCACCGAUAUUAUGAACAAUGUGACAACUGUUCAUAAUUGUGUCGAGCAUCAAAAUAAGAAGUGUGGUAUAGGAACAGCUUUCGAUUCGUUAAAUCGUGAAAAUUUAGAUCGACGAGCCAUGACUGGUUCACAAAUUUUGAACAUGUCUUUGAGGAGUCUAUUGCAGUACAUUGAUGAAGAGUUAAUGAUGAGGGGAGCCUACAAGUUUCAGCCAUUGGAUGCGUACACACAGCAAGCCACACUUCCAGUGCAAGAUUCCGAAGUUAGUGUUAAAUGUGAUGUGCACCACAUUUCUAGUCCUACAAGCGAGUCUUUAGUAAAUAGCUCACCGCGACGACAUUCCUCAGUAGAUGAAUUAUUUUCGCCGUUAAACGCUAUGAAUAUUAACGGUCAACGGCAGAGAUCGUUAAGUGAUAGUGGUAGAACGGAUAGAAAUGUCAAUGGGACGACUGAGACUGAGACAAAUAAUCAUGAUUCCAAUGCUCCGGAUUUAGUUGCUUGUCCCCCAGUACCCCCAAGGAAACAUCGACGAAGACAUACUCCGCCGAGGCCCCCGAGUAAUGGUUUGCCUCCCACCCCCAAAGUCCACAUGGGGGCCUGCUUUUCCAAGGUGUUUAACGGCUGUCCUUUGCGAAUCCAUUGCACAGUUUCGUGGAUACAUCCCGAGACAAGAGACCAACACUUGUUAAUAGGGGCCGAAGAAGGAGUCUACAACCUUAACUUAAACGAACUUCAUGAAACUUGCAUUGAUCAAUUGUACAACAGAAGAACGGUGUGGAUGUACGUAAUUAAAGACGUCCUCAUGACACUCUCUGGCAAAACACCACAUUUGUAUCGUCACGAUCUGGUAGCUCUCCUAAGCAAGCAAUCGCACCGAUUCAGUCUACACAUGAAUCGGAUUCAUGAGCGACUUGUACCUCGAAAAUUCGCAUUGACUACUCGUGUACCUGACACCAGAGGGACUCAGAAGUGCUGUGUGGCGAGGAACCCCUACAAUGGGUAUAAAUACCUCUGCGGGGCCUCCACUAGCGGGAUUUUUCUCAUGCAGUGGUAUGACCCCCUUAACAAAUUUAUGCUCUUGAAGCAUGUCGAAUGUGUUUUACCAAAUCCGUUAAACGUGUUUGAAAUGAUUAUCACACCGGAAUUGGAGUAUCCAAUGGUGUGUGUGUCAAUAAAACAGGCAUACCAACCGAAUCGAUUUAAACUGGACCUCAUCAACAUGAAUUCAGGUGCGAGUUGGUUCCACUCUGAUGAGCUUCAGGACAUGGAUGGGACCGCUACAGUAAUACCAAAACGCGAAAAUUUAAAUAUAGUCAAUGUUACACAGUUAGAUAAAGAUUCGAUUUUAAUUUGUUACGAUAACGUUGUUAAAAUUAUAACACCGCAAGGGAAUCUUAAAAUUAACAAGAAGCAACUGUCAGAAUUGAAGUUUCAUUUCAAUAUUGAGAACAUAAUCAGUCUUCCAGACAGUGUUUUGGCUUUUCACAAACAUGGGAUGCAAGGAAGGUCGUUCAAAAAUGGUGAAAUCACGCAAGAAAUCACCGAUACGUCAAGAACUUAUAAACUCUUGGGCGCUGAUAAGGUUGUCAUGCUUGAAAGCAACUUGAUUCGUACUGGAACACUAACAAAUGAGGAGGGCCAUGACCUGUAUAUUUUGGCAGGACACGAGGCUAGUUACUAGAUUGAAUUUUCGCUUCGUUUAGAUAAACUUAACUUAUUGGUAGAGUAGAGUUAAGUAAAGAAAUGGCAUACAAAAAUCGUGAUGUUUUAGAAUUAACUUGACAUACCUCAAACAUAUUUCUCUAGACGAUUUAUGCAUGGUGUUUAAAAUAUUUUAGAUACUCAAUUUAGGAGAUUUACAAAAAGUACAUUCUAUUUUUAUGAAUUAACAUAGAGGAAAAAUCAAAAUCUAUAUUUGUUUACGAAUAUGAUUUUUGUGGAAUGUUUGGAAUUUCGCACUAACUAGUUUUAUUUAUACAAAUUGAUUUGUGCGUAAAAUGAUAUUUUUGCAAACUAGAGUAUUUUAUUAAAACGGUAAUUGUGCACACGUGCAAUACUCUUGGCUAAACAAAUCAAAUCGCAAGAAUUUAUGUACAGGGUGUCUCAAGCUUUAGAGCCGGCGCAAAAAUAAAUAUUUCUAAUUGAUUAAAAAACAUUUUGAUAGUGUAAACGAUAGAGGAUUAAAUAGACUUUAAUUUGAUGUUGUGAUA